UCGCCAUGUGCGUAGAUGCGUAAGCGCAGCGCGUCGUACGGCGUCCGGCAGAGAGGCGGAGCUCGCGGCGCUGCGCGGACGAUGCCGCUCUGGCUGUGGGCGGCGACGCUGCUGGCGGCGGCCGGCGCCGGCGCGUGGGCCCCGCCGGCCCGCUACACCCGCCACCUGCAGCUGCUGGGCUGGCAGCUGGAGCUGCACGAAAACAGAGCCAUAAGCUCACCAUACUACAAUGAGUGUCAGUUUUAUAAAGGUAGAGUCGUAGACGAGGAGGGCUCCUCAGCGACGGUCACGGAUUGCGAUGGCCAGCUGUACGGGCUGCUGCAGGUCGGCGGCGAGGAGUUUGUGCUGCAACCGACGAGGAGUGACAAGUCGCACGUGCUGCGGCGUCGGGACGUGGAGCUGUCGGAGAAGGCUGCCGCGUACAACCUCACGGGUGACACGGUCACCGACCUUGAACUUGACUUCGGAGAGGAGGACGACCCGGUGCCGGUGCCGCAUGUCCGGCCUCGACACAGCGAGCGGUACUCUGACUCCGACGUCGAGUACUUUCGUGGAGUGCAAACAAUCAGUAGACCACUAUCAGGUGUCAAGGGAUUGUGGCUUGAAAUGGCCAUCGUGGCCGACCAUACGAUGAUAAAGUUCCACGGUAAAGAGAGAGUAACGCAUUACAUCCUAGCAUUAAUGAACAUCGUCAGUGCCAUCUUCAACGAUCCCUCUCUGAACUCGAACAUGACGCUCGUCAUCAACAAAUUGUUUCUGAUUGAGGAGAAAGAUUAUGUAAUAAAAAAUGGGAACGUGAAGAAGUCUCUGGAGGCAGUGAAUAAGUGGAACUACAAACAUUUAAUGAAGUUGCCGGCAGGCAGCACUGGCUGGGACGCAACAGUCUGGUUGACCCGGUCCCAGCUAGGCGGGCCGUCCGGCUUCGCCCCCGUGGGAGGCGUCUGCUCCAGAACCAGGUCUGCCGCCAUCGACCGGGACGAAGGCCUCACCAGCGCCUUUGUCAUAGCACAUGAACUGGCACAUCUAUUAGGGUUAACCCAUGACGGGGACAGUCAGUGCCAGACCGAAGCAACUCGAGGGUCAGUUAUGGCCCCGACGGUCCUGGCUACUCUACACAACUACGCCUGGUCAUCAUGCUCCAAGGAACAGUUCCAUGACAAAUCCAAGCGCUGGUGGUGUUUGCACGAGCGAAGUACUGAUGAAGGCGUGGAGCUGGGUGGUGCCAAAGAACUAUCCAAUUACGUGUUCACCAUGGACGAACAAUGCCGGACAGAAUUCGGGGAAGGUUUCUCGGUGUGCAAGUCAGUGAAGGUCCGUGCGGCGUGCUCCCGGCUGUGGUGCGCACAUCGCGCCAUGCCUCACGUCUGCCGUUCUAAGCGAGCACCGCCUCUGGAGGGCACACCCUGCGGACACAACAAGUGGUGCGUAGACCGGAUAUGUGAACCGAUGCCAGGCCAUGUGAUCCAGACAGAAGCUGAUAGGAAGAACACUGAAGUGGAUAACACCCUGGACAGGGAAGAGAGGCCGGAGUGGAGCGAGUGGGGGGCAUGGAGCAAGUGCAGUGCGGACUGCGGGUAUGGGCUGCGCUCGCGUGUGCGCCGGUGCCGGUAUAAAGGCAUGAUAUCGGAGAGCGCGUGUGAGGGCGCGGGCUCGCAGGUGCGCACGUGCUGGGCGGGCGCCGCGUGCGCCGCGACGCGGGACCCGCGCGCCGACCUCUGUCUGCGGCAACACAACCGGUUCAUACCCUACGUGCAUCCCAACCAAACCCAAGAGUGUGAAAUCUGGUGCGUUGACUAUGGUGGAGGAGGACCCUCUAAUUUUGGAUCACUGCCUGAUGGCACGUCAUGUAGCUACAAUAGACCUUACGAUGUCUGUUUUCAGGGAACCUGCGUGAAGGGACAGUGCAACUCAUCAGACACCAUUUGCAACUGGUGUCCCGACGGCUACUGCAACAACAACACUCAUAUUUACACAAGAACACUGGGAACAGGUUGGAGUCGCAUGACGAUGAUCCCACACGAUGCUCACCAGCUGUCAGUACACAUCGCCACCCCCGUACCACUAAACAUCGCCUUACGGGAACGACGAAAAGACAAACAAGUGCUAGAAUUGCGGAGACACUCCAAACCUUACGAUAUCAAGCAAGACAAGUACCUGAAGUACGACCCCAAUGUACCUCAAAACCUCCAGAUUAUAGAAGUGGAUAGUAAUGUUAUAGAUAUUAAGGAAGGCUCGGGGUCCGAGGGCUCGGUGGUCGCCGCAGGGACCCUGCUGCGGUGGACACAGACCGACACAGAUGUCUUCAUUUCAUCUGAGUCCCGCCUGCAGACCGACUUAAUGAUAUUGGCAAUAGCUGAGCAUCCAGCGAUGUCAGGCAAGUCAGUCUCAGUAGAAGUGUCAGUCAACUACAGCACCCCAGCCAGCCGCACCAGGCCGAUGGAAAUCAGAUGGUCGACAGAGCGCGGGCCGUGUUCGUCGUCGUGCGGCGGCGGGUUCCGCGUGGUGCGCCCGCGCUGUCUGCGCGACCACAAGUGCGCGCCAGUCAUGUUCGAAGCCUGCAAUGUACACAGCUGUGAGUUCGCGUGGGCGGGCGGCGAGUGGGAGGAGUGCAGCGCGACGUGCGGCGCCGACGGCCUGCAACAAAGGCAGCUGUACUGCGUGCCUGUUAACGCUAGCACUUCUUCAAGAAGAGAACUAAUAAAGAACAGCGUGUCCCCAUCGCUGUGUCCCUCACAGAAACCUGAAACGCAACAAGCUUGCAACCGACUGCCCUGCCCAGUGUACUGGCGAGAGAUGCCCUGGACCGAGUGUUCAACAACAUGUGGUCGCGGAGUAUCUCGCCGGCCGCUAGUGUGUCCCUCCCCCGAGCCGCACCUCUGCGGGCCGAAGCCGCGCGAGCGUCACAGGCGCUGCCGCGUGCGCGCGUGCCCCCGCCGGGCCCCCCCCUCCCCCGCCGCCUGCCCGCCGCGCGACGCCACGCAGUACUGCGAGCUGUUCGACUCCGAGCAGCUGCGGCGACACUGCCAGGUCACCCCCUUCAGGAACUACUGCUGCACCGCCUGCAGGGACCUCGACAGAUACACCAGGGAACACGGGUAGACUUCAACUAUACGCUCGGGACUAUAUCAAAUUUAGAUACGUGAUCUGGAGGACGUGGAGGGGAGGAGAUGAGACGCUCGACUACGCAGUACUGCAGGGAUAUUUUGGGCCUCAAGGCCCACGGACAUACUCUACUUAUAAGCCGAGCUCUAACUGACACGCGACUAAAUUCUUCAAGCCACUGGCAGUUGUAACACUGUGCACCUUCCAAACAACUGUGAGGUACACCACAACAUACAUGGCUUGCAUAAUGCUCAUAGACUUUAAGCCAUUCUAAAAUGUAUAACUGUCGCUACUGUAUCUACUGUAAAGUGACAGCUACAGCAUGAGGCUUAACGACAUUUUAUUGUAGCUUAGUAGAGUAUCUCUAGGUCCCUACAGCACCACAUCGAAGGUUCCCCGUUCGUUGUAAUACGUUCCAAAUGAGAUUCCGUGUCAGUAUAACCAGUAUUUUAUACGUUGUUUUUCAUAUUUAUAAUAAUUUAGCAGUAAUUAAUUUUAAGUGAUAAUAAUAAUGCGCAACGAAGUGCCAUAAUGUAUUGUACACUACUCAACGUAAUAAAUGUGCUAUUCUU